AUGAAAUCCAUCCUCCUCUAUGGCCACCACGCAGGCCCCAACCCGAAAAAGGUGGUGAUGGUCAUGGAAGAACUCAGAAUUCCGUACGAAAUCAAGGUCCUGGAAUUUCCGGAGAUGAAACAGCCCGCCUACGAAAAUAUCAACCCCAACGGACGAGUCCCCGCAAUCGAAGACCCUAACACGGGAAUCACUUUAUGGGAGUCUGGAGCAAUCAUCGAAUACUUGGUGGAGAAAUACGAUAAGAACAGGGUGAUCAGCUUUCACGCCGAUACUCCAGAGUCCUAUCAUGCAAAACAAUGGCUGCAUUUCCAGGCAUCGGGACAGGGCCCGUAUUUCGGUCAGGCUGUGUGGUUCAAGAUUCAUCAUCGAGAACAGCUGCAAUCUGCUGUUGAUCGGUACAUCAAUGAGAUUCGGCGCGUUUCAGGUGUGCUGAAUGGCGUCUUGCAGGGCCGUGAGUACCUAGUGGGCGAUAAGUGCAGUUAUGCGGAUCUCGUUUUUAUUUCGUGGUUUGAGGUUGUCCCUUGGGCGGCGGGCGAUAGGGUUGAUCUGGAGAAAGAAUUUCCACAUGUGCAUGCAUGGCUGAGUAGGCUGAAGUCACGGCGUUCGGUCAUCGCUGGGCUGGGCGAGCAGUCUGAGGCGCCCAAGAAGCUGUGA